AUCUUUUUGACCCUUUAAUUAUACUCUCUUGUUUUUCUAUUAGGUUCAAAAGAUUGACAGGACGAAAUGAAGUGGCUGUCUCUGCUGGAGACUACAAGUUUUAUGCGCCAAGACACAAGUAUAGGCGUGUGGGGUCAAACUCCAUUUCCAAUGUUAACAGUUUGCCUAAUACUGAGCAGACUCCGACAAAACAACAUAUGCAGCCAAUCUCGCAUCAGGUCCAGUUUCAUCCUCUACAUCAGAGCCAUCAGAAUCAUAUUAGUCACAAUCCACAGGCAACACACUUUAUGCACAGCCAACAGUGUGUGCCUGAACUUUCUCAUAACCAGGACUCAUCAACCAUCCCCCAACACAUUGCCUGCUUACAACCUAUUGGUCAUGUUGGAGGACGUUUGCAUGUACUGGCAACAAGCCCAGCAAAAUUUUGUGAUGAAUGUGGAGCUCCUUAUUUAAGGGAGACCUCAAAGUUCUGCUCAGAAUGUGGCACAAAGAGAUUAGGAAUCUGACAUGAAUUUCAGAUAUUUCUCUUGUAACUUGUAAUUGGUAUGUUCUUUUUCUUUUUUCAUUUUGUUUGGCAAAUGAUUUAUUAAUAUAAAAUUGUUCAUAAGUC